AUGACUAGGGGGCUGCACACACGCCUUGCGCUGCUGCUGCUGCUUCUGGGUGCGUGCACAGCUUUGCAGCAGCACCAAGUUGCAGCUGCGGCCGCUUCACUGAAUGGGAACCCGAGCCAUGAACACCCCACCCCUUCCCCAAUUCCAGAGGUCAACGAUUCAAAAGGGACGAAGAAAGAGGUCGCCGAGAUUCAAAAGAGCGGUCUUCUCUUGACCAAGUUAAUUGUAAUAAACCGUCACGGUCACCGUGCCCCAAAUGCGCCCUAUUGGGAUAUGUGUCCCAAUGAUAAAAAGAAUCAAUACCGAUACAAGGUGGACGCUGAGGAUCUCACCGCGCGUGGCAUGAAAGAAGAGUACGGAUUCGGUCGGUACAUGCGGCACAAAUAUCGAGACUUCCUUGGCAACCGCUUCAAUCGCACUUUGCACUUCUUCCGCGCUGUUGGCGAGCCGCGCAUUCUUCAGUCAGCGAUGGCGGUGGCGCAGGGGAUCUUCCCCGAUGGCUUCGGUCCUGGUGGAUAUCUUCCGAGUCGCCCGCAGUUCGUCCCUGUGUUCUCCGACAUGGACACACACGAGUACCUCUUGGACGAUGUUCCGUGCUUCCGGCGCGCGGAGAGCGACAUGUACCACUGGCUCAACAACAGCCUCAGUGAUUUCGUCGCUGACCCCAACGUGGCAGAGGUGGUGAAAAGCGUGAGGGCAGCGUGUGGGCCGGCGGUGGGGAAGAGCCGCCCGCUGUACGCGUACCUCAAGACGGUCGCGGACGGCAUGACGUUUAACGCGGAUUAUGGUUUAAAAGUGUGUGGUGGGAACGUAACACCGGAGGUGCUUUUCAAGAUCCGCAAUGUGUCGCUGGGGCUUCUGAUGGCGCGGCUGUACCACACCGACGUUCAGCAGACGUACACCGCGGUGGAUCUGCCGUACCGCUUCCUCCGGCUGAUGGAGCCCCGGUCGGCGCACAAGAAGAAUAACAGCAAGGACAACAGCAGCACGAACAACACCACGUCGAGUGACGAUGAAGAGGACAAGAGGCGUGAUGCUGUCUUAUACUUUGUGCAUCGCGAGGCGCUCUACGCCUUUGCACAGUUCUUCGGCUUUCAGUACAAUGUGCCUGGGCUUCCUAGUGGGGAGCUACCGGUGGCCUCGGCGCUCAUCAUGGAGAAGCUGCAGCCCGCCUCGGCACUGGCUGGUGGCAAGAACAAAACGAGCUAUGUGAAGUUUGUGCUGUGGACACCAUACGACGGCACGAGCACGGUGGAGGUGCCGCGCUGCAAGAUACCGCAGCUGUGCCGCGUCGACGAGCUGCGUCAGCUCCACGACGACCGUGUGGCGCGGACGGGGACGUGGGACAAACUGUGCAACUACACCUUCUCUGAAAUGGACCACAACACUGAUAUUCGUUAG